AUGCAGCAACACGACGGUGCCCCUACCGCCCCCAGCGGCCCCCGUCUCCAGACUGGUUUCCCCAGACAGGUCAAUGGAGGCCAUCACGGCUUUUCCCACGGUGCCUUUGCUACCAACCAGCCCGGCUACGGUGACAGGCACCCGGAGAGGGCCAACAACAUGUCCAUCAACACCGGCAGACUUGCCCCGGGCAACCAGAAUGGCGCUGAUUUGCAGACUCCUGGAACCGGUUUCGACAUGAACUUCACUCCUCUGCUUCCUUCGCAGCUGCUUCUCGGCAGCCCCUUCCAGCCCGGUUCUCCUUCUGCUUUUGCAUCCCCGCAAUUCCAGAAUUUUGCCCAGUUUGCGAGCCAGAACCAAUCGCAGCAGCAGAAUCACCAGUCUAACCACGUCGGUAGCCCUCUGCAGCAGCCUCUCUCGCCCCAGCUGUACCAAAACAUGGUUUCUCCUACAAGCGGCUUUUUCGGUGGCCCACAGUCUCCCACCGGAGGCUUUUCUGGUUUCGGCGCGCAGGGCCUUGGUGGCCUCGGCUCCUCCAUGCCAAUUGCCCCUGGCUUGGUCUCUGGAACCAGCAGGACCGUCUACUUGGGCAACAUUCCCCCAGAGACAUCUGCAGAGGAAAUUUUGGGUCAUGUCAGGAGCGGCCAGAUCGAGUCUGUCAGGCUUCUGCCUGACAAGAACUGUGCCUUCAUCUCAUUCUUGGAUAGUAGCUCUGCUACGCACUUUCACUCUGAUGCCAUCUUGAAAAAGCUCUCCAUCAGGGGUCAGGACAUCAAGAUCGGGUGGGGAAAGCCUUCGCAGGUACCCACAUCUGUGGCCUUGGCAGUACAGCAGUCCGGCGCUUCUCGUAACGUCUACUUGGGCAACCUGCCAGAGGAUGUUACCGAGGACGAGCUCCGUGAGGAUCUCAGCAAGUUCGGACCCAUUGACACUGUCAAGAUUGUCCGAGAAAAGGCCAUUGGUUUCGUUCACUUCUUGUCGAUCGGCAAUGCCAUUAAGGCUGUUUCCCAGCUUCCCCAGGAGCCCAAGUGGCAGGCUCCUAGGCGUGUAUACUAUGGCAAGGACCGCUGCGCAUAUGUUUCCAAGACGCAACAGCAGAACGCUGCUCAGUACUUGGGUAUUGCACCCGGAUAUGCACACGUUUUGAACGGCGCGGACCGUGAUAUGAUUUCCAACGCUCUCGCUCAGCAGUCCGUAGCUGCGGCUGCAGUAGCAACCUCGGCUGGUGGUGUAAACAACCUGGGUAACCGCACUGUCUACUUGGGUAAUAUCCACCCGGAGACCACUAUUGAAGAGAUUUGCAACGUUGUGCGUGGCGGCCUUCUUCACCACAUCAGGUACAUUCCUGACAAGCACAUUUGCUUCGUUACAUUCAUCGAUCCCACUUCUGCAGCGUCCUUUUACGCUCUCAGCAACCUACAAGGUUUAAUGAUUCACAACCGCCGUCUGAAGAUUGGAUGGGGCAAGCACUCUGGCGCUCUUCCCCCUGCCAUCGCCCUUGCCGUCAGCGGCGGUGCUUCCCGCAAUGUGUACGUUGGUAACCUCGACGAGUCUUGGACUGAAGACCGUCUGAGGCAAGAUUUCUCCGAGUACGGCGAGAUUGAGUUGGUCAACACCCUGCGCGAGAAGAGCUGUGCCUUUGUCAACUUCACCAACAUCGCCAACGCCAUCAAGGCUAUCGAGGCCAUCCGAGGCCGCGAGGAGUACAAGCGGUUCAAGGUCAACUUCGGCAAGGACCGAUGUGGUAACCCUCCCCGCCAGAUGACCAACCAGCAAUCACAAUCUCAGCAAGCCGGCAGUGAUGGUCUCCAGUCGCCUUCACCCAUCAACGGUCUGCACCCCAACCGUGCUGGUGCGUCGGUCUCGCCCACUGGCUCUGGCGCUCCUGGCUCUGGUCAGAGUACUAAUGGACAGUUUCCCUCUGUUCAAGCCCCUGCUUCAGGCAAUAUUCUGAACGCGAGCAGCAACAACAACCCGUUGAUGAUGUACCUCCAGGCCCAGCAGCAACAGGCUCAACAGCAACAGGUAGAGGCCAACAUGCAACAACAGCAGAACCAACAACAACAGCAGCAGCAACAGCAGCAGCAGCAGUCGUUUCAGUCGCCCCAAGCUGCCUUCUAUGGUGCUGACUUGAACUCGCCCCAGCCUCACCACUCGCACAGCUCUCACCAGAGUACCUCAAGCUUUAGCCUGAUCAACGGUACAUCUGCUGGUGGCUCUGGAACUACUACUGUUGGCGGUCUUCUUGCGCCCUCGAACCUCAACUCUCGUGGUCAGCACUCCCGUGCUGUGAGCCUUCCCGCCUUCACCCAAGGGCCCUUCAACCACUCCAUGCCACAGACUCAAGCUCCUCAACAAGGAUCGUUUGGUAGUCUGAGUUCGGGCAUUGGUGGGUUUGGCAGCGGCAAUGGUGGCUACGGCCUUGCGAUUCAAGGUGAUGGUGGCUUGCCUGGAUGGGCUGAAGAGGAGGUCGGUGCGCAGUAAGCGCCCGUGGCCAUUUUGGAUACUCGCAAAUGUCAUGUUCACAUUAGCGAUAUCCGAUUCAAAUCUACGACGUCAAACCUGUUGGUUAUCACUCACCACUUACCUCCCUUCUCCUUUCUUUCUUUUUGCAAAUCUUUUUGAACCUAGGGUACUGGCGGAAAGGGCGUCGCUCUAUUGAUCUGUCGUGGAUCUGACUCUUCAACUAUGUGUUGUAAUUUGAACAUGCGCGUUCUUUGCCUUAAUACUUGACCUUACCACUUUCGUUUUCUUCUUCUUUCUUUGAUUCUACUUCUUCUACUUCUUCUUUUUCAUGGCUUGACAUGUUUUUGUUCAUGUUUGUAGUUUAGAUACCUGUAGGGAUACCUAGGGACAAAUAGGUGUAGGGGCAUGAGACUAGCACAGGGUCGACAUGAGUGUCUAGGCAGGAGUUCGUCAGUGAUGUUGGCAAUUGGAUUUUGUAAAAGCU